AUGGCCGAUCUCCUGUACCAGUCCAUCAUACUCUCCGUCGUCGCAGUGGUGCUGCUCCAGGUCCUCAAGCUCCGCGUCCGGCCGAGGGCGAGGACGCCGCCGGGCCCGUGGAGGCUGCCGGUCAUCGGCAGCAUGCACCACCUCCUGAACGUGCUCCCGCACCGCGCCCUCAGGGACCUCGCGCGCGUGCACGGCCCGCUCAUGAUGCUCCAGCUCGGGCAGACCCCGCUCGUGGUGGUGUCGUCGAGGGAGAUGGCCCGCGAGGUGCUCAGGACGCACGACGCCAGCUUCGCCACCCGCCCCAAGCUCCUCGUCGGCGAGGUCGUCCUCUACAGCUACGCCGACAUCCUCUUCUCGCCCUCCGGCUCCUACUGGCGCAAGCUCCGGCAGCUCUGCGCCGCCGAGAUACUCAGCCCGAGCCGCGUCCUUUCCUUCCGCCACAUCAGGGAGCAAGAGGUGAGGAAUCAUGUACAAGACAUCCAUGCGGUCGGCCCAUCGACGCCGGUGGACGUCACCGCGAUUUUCUCCGGCCUAGCGAUCAGCAUCAUCUCCCGCGCGUCCUUCGGGAACAAGCAGAGGAACGCACGAGAGUUCCUGUCGGCGGUCAAGACCGGGGUCACGCUGGCCAGCGGCUUCAAGAUCCCCGACCUCUUCCCGGCAUGGCGGUCCGUGCUCGCCCGGGCGACGGGCAUGCGCCGCGCCUUGGAGGACGUCCACGCGACGAUCGACUCGAGCCUGGACGAGGCCAUAGACGAGAGGAAACGCGUCCGGCAGGGCAAGGCCAGGUCCGGCGGCGCGCCGGUCGCCGUCGAGGAGAACCUCGUCGACGUGCUCAUCGGCCUGCAGGAGAAAGGCGGGCUGCAUCGCCUAAGCACCAACAGCAUCAAGGGCGUCAUAGUCGACAUGUUCGUGGCCGGAACCGGCACGAUCUCGUCGUCGCUGGACUGGGGCAUGGCGGAGCUGAUGCGGAGCCCGAGGGUGAUGGGCAAGCUGCAGCGCGAGCUCCGGGAGGCGUUCCGCGGCAGGGCGGCCAUCGGCGAGCACGACAUCGAUGCAGCCAGCCUCCCCUACUUGAAGCUCGUCAUCAAAGAGAACCUCCGGCUGCACCCGCCGGCGCCACUCCUGGUGCCCCGGGAGAGCAUCCACGCGUGCGAGCUCGGCGGUUACGUGGUUCCGGCGGGCUCGCGCGUCGUCGUGAAUGCGUGGGCCAUCGGGAGGGAUCCGAGGUACUGGGGGGACGACGCCGAGGAGUUCAAGCCCGAGCGGUUUGCGGACAGCUCCGUCGAUUUCAACGGGAGCAGCUACGAGUUUCUGCCGUUCGGGGCUGGCCGGAGGAUGUGCCCGGGCGUUUCGUACAGCCUCCCCUUCCUGCAGAUGGCGCUCGUGCAGCUCUGCUACCACUUCAACUGGUCUCUGCCUGAGGGCGUCGCCGAGGUGGACAUGACGGAGGCGGAUGGCCUCGGCCUACGCCGGAGGUCGCCCUUGCGGCUCUGUGCCACACCGUUCGUCCCCGAGUCAGCGUGUUGAUGUAGCACAUAGGUAAAAAAAAUCUAGUAGGUAAAAAGUUUCUUGAUGGAUUUACUAUCCUCUAUGUUCCUGAUUUUACUGUGUACAAAUAGCACAUAUUGUAAGCUCCGAAUUUCAGCAGUCAUAGUACAGGUUUCAGUAGUUGUAGUCCUUUUUACAGUGCACAGAUACUACACUUACAGUCUUUAUUAGGUUUAAUAUUCAGACCAACUACAAUGUAAU